AUGGGGGUCUCGCUCAUAGAUGCCCAGCGCGAUGUGAUUCUCGGCCAUAUCCACCACAUUACCAAGCAUGAUUGGAAAGUGCUGGUGGUCGAUCGAGACAGCAGACGACUCCUCGACAAUGUCAUAGACGAAGAUGCCCUCCUCAACGAGAACAUCACGAACAUCGAACAGAUCACUGACCGCCGGCCCACCAACCGCGAUGUCGACGCCCUCUACUUCCUCACCCCGCAACCGCAUAUCGUGGACUGUGUCAUGGCCGACUUUCAAAAGAGGAAGUACAAGAGGGCACAUCUGGUGUGGACGUCAUUACUACACCCUGCCCUCCGAGACCGAAUAGACAAGAGCCAGAUUGCACGAGAACAGAUUGACCACUUCACCGUCCUUAAUACAGAAUACUAUCCACGAGAGUCACAUCUCGUGACCUUCCGAGACCCAUGGAGCUUUCCCAUACUCUUCCACCCGGCGUGCAACAACUUGGUUAGGCAGCAUAUGGAGGACGUCGCUCAGAAGAUAGUCGGGGUCUGCGUGGCGUUAGGGGAGUACCCAACAAUACGCUACUACCGCCCUCGAACACCCACUCACGAAGCCAGCAUACUUUGCUCACACCUGGCACGUUUUGUACAAGAUGAGCUGGACCUCUACGCCAAAUUCCACAACGAUUUCCCACCUCCGACCACACGGCCUCGGGGGACACUCUACAUCCUCGAUCGCAGCAUCGAUUUGAUGGGACCGCUAUUACACGAGUUUACGUAUCAAGCCAUGGCACACGAUCUGUUACCUAUCCAGGAGAGCGACAAGAUAACUUACCGCGUCACCAUCAAUGAAGGCCAGCCCGACCAAGAAAUCAAGGACAUCGCCAUAACCGAAAAGGACAAGAUCUGGCUUGAGAACCGGCACAGGCACAUGAAAGAUGUGAUUGAGAAAUUGAUGGCAGACUUCCAGCGGUUCAUCAAGGACAACCCAAACUUCACCAAUAAAGCUGGUGAUGAGGGCGGGAACAGCUUGAACGCCAUUAAAGACAUGCUCGCGGGGUUGCCGCAGUUCCAGGAGAUGAAGGAAGCGUACGCGUUGCAUCUAGGCAUGGCACAGGAGUGUAUGAAUCGAUUUCAGGGGUGGAAGCUGGGCGAGUUGAGCUCGGUGGAGCAGACAUGCGCCACCGGCCUCGACGAAGACUACAAGAAACCCAAAGGCCUCGCCGACCAAAUCAUCCGCACGCUCGACGAAGACGACGUCACCCCACCCGACCGCCUGCGCCUGCUCCUCCUCUACCUCCUGCACCGCGACGGCCUCCUCCCCGCCGACGUCUCCAAACUCCUCGCCCACGCCCAGCUCCCGCAACAAGACACCCAAAUCCUCACCAACCUCGAGCUCCUCGGCGCCCGCACCUCCCGCGCCCUCAAAGACCCCCGCCCCGCACCUCCCCCCUUAUUCCCCCGCAAACCCCCGCCCCUCGCCGGCGCCCAGGAAGAAUUCCUCUCCUCCCGCUACGAACCCGCCGUGCAAUCUCUCCUCGAAUGCCACGCCGCCGGUACCCUCGACGCCAACGUCUUCCCUUACACCAAACCCCCUCUCGACCUCGGCGCCGAUCAGGCGCAGCAAGUCUCCGCCACCUCCCUGCGUUCCGCGAAGCCCACGUGGGCGAAAUCUGCCCGCUCGAACGUCAGCGCCGAGAACCGCCAGCGUGUCAUCGUCUUCAUGGCCGGGGGCGCCACGUACGCCGAAGCGCGGGCGUGCUACGAAGUCGGCCGCUCUACGGGAAGGGAAGUGUUUUUGACGACAUCGCAUAUGCUCACGCCGCAACUCUUCGUAAGACAAGUCUCGGAUUUGUCAGUCGAUAAACGCCGUUUGGGGAUUCCCGCAGAGCAGCCGAAGCAGCAGGCCCCUGCGCAUCUUUUCGAGCCGGACGAAGUGCCGAAGCCGAAAGUCGCGCCGCAGGCACCUGCUCAGCAGCAGCAGCAGAGGCCAGCAGCGCCGUCGGCGCCGAGGCCGCCGGAGCAGGGGAUGGCGGGGAUGAAGUUGGAUGGGAGGGCGAAUGGGAACGCGCCAGGUGCUGGUGGUGCGGCUGCGCAGGCGAACAGUUCGGCGAAGCUUACGAAGGACAAGGAUAAGGAUAGGGAGAAGGAGAAGAAGAGGCAUCAUUUUGGGUUUGGGCGGAAGGGGUGA